AUACCAAAAUACAUGGGAUAUAGUUGAUAUUUAAAAUGAUAUGAAACUCCUAAGUAUUCAGGAAAAAUGGCAGAGGGUCGUCGAGGGUUCGCUUGGCAAGAGGAUGAGGAAUUCCUUAGAAAGGUAGAAGUUGAGGUGCUUAUCCCGAAAAAGAUGAGGGAGAAAGCAAAAGUACGAUGUUCAGAGUAUGUUGAUGAAUUCACUAGAUGCUGUAAGGAGAAAGGACUGACCAUGGCAUUUUCAUGUCGAAAGGAAAAUAGAGCACUAAAGGACUGUAUUAGUGGAUACUACCAGGAUAAGGAGUUCUUUGAAAUGUGCAAGAAAGAGUAUUUAGCUGAAAGGAAGGAAUUCAGGGAGACAGGAGUGAGACAGAAGGACAAACAAAAGGCGAAGACAGAAACAUCAAGGUGAUGAGGACAAAUCAUCCUGCCUUUGUUCGCUUUCUCAAACAUUCUUCAUGAACUUUUCUGUGAGAUUUUGGUGGAGUGAAUCUUUGCAUAGCAUUAAUGCUUUUAGAUGAGCUACAGUUAUCUAAGCAAAACUGUGCAAUUUGCUUUAUUAUUCCCAAUAUGUUGAUUAUGUGAAGAAGAUUGAAAGCAGUAAGAUUAGAUUACAUUGUAAGGAAAAUAAUGAUUGCAGAUUGCAGCUCAAAUUUUUCCCUUCUAUAUGUAUAAAAAUGUUGUCUAAAUUCUUUGGGAGUUUAUAUUUAGAUGUCCAAAAUACAAGAUGUAUUUCAGUGUGAUAAUAAUAAGUACUGAUAGUAAUAACCAAUUGAAGAAGAGAAGAAAAUGCAUUCCCUCUUCUGUAUGUGAUGGAGGGAAAUCCCUGAACAAUUUUUACAAUUCAAAUAUUAAGUUAUAUUUUUUCUUUGGGGGGGGGACAUGUCGGUGAUGGAAAUGAACAAAGUGAUCUUUCCCUAGCAAUACCCCAAAACUUAUUGCAUAAAAAGAUUGCUGAAAAGGUUGUAUUUGAACAGUCUUUUGAAGAAAAAUUGAGAGCAAUAGAUUUUUUUUUUCUUUAAAUGCAAAUGGAGACUUGUGUACAAUGUUCACUGGAUUUUAGAAUAAAUUGUGUGAGGUGUUGGCUAAACUCACUAUCAAUUGCUCUGUACAUGAUAUUUCUAAAGCGCCAUCAUGUGGUUAAGUGUAGAUAGCAGCAUUUAAGGGCUACAGGAUCAUCACCAUAAUGAAAGAAAAGGUUCCUUUAGGUGGGAUAAAGUUGCGUUUAUGUUUUAAUAUUCUCCUGACCGCUUUCCUUGCAAAUCCAGGGUGUAUCGUAUGUACAGUAUAGUUUAUAGGGUAAUUUCAAUCAACCGCGAUUAUUCUUUUGAAAUUAGAUCAGGGAAUCGUAUCAUAACCCUCAUUGGAAAAAGGAAUUCUCUUAUCCAUCAAAUCAGAAUCUGAGCACUUGAUGCAUUUUGCAGUAUUAUCUGGAAUCUCUUUUAUCAAGUUUACUUCAAUUUAUUUCUCUGUGGCAUUCAUUGUACUAUGUGAUAACUCUGUUUGCCAUCACUUCCAAUCAUGUUCCGGGUAAUCACUUAAAUGAUCAUUUAUUAUGGGCGGGCAAUAACGAGCAUCCAUGACAGUAUUUCAUCUUUUCUUACAAAGUCAGUCUGCAAAGCAGGCACAUCAUUGCCCAUCUCUGAAGUCGAGUUUAACUUCGACCACGGUCUAAAUCUGUGCUAAAAUUAUGGGGAGCCAAAAAUUCAAAAUUUCUGUUCUACUUUUUUAUUUCCUUUUACUUUCACA